GUUCUGUCAGAGUUCAGGUGUAGAUACAACCAGUUGUUGUUUGUGUCUUGUGUUUGAUUUGUAACCCUAAAAAGUAGUAGUCUGAAAUGGGGACUGUAUCUUAUAUUCAUCAGUAAACAUUUAGAAGACAUCCUUCAAUUUCAGCAUAUAAGAUCGUACAAUUUGAACUGAUCAUCCAAGAAUGGGUAGUUUAGAAACACAACUCAUGGCAGCAAUUCGGGAAUCCAAGAUAGAUGUUGUUCAAUCCCUUAAUUGAGAAGGGAGCCAAUGUUAACUAUAUCCCAAGUUGUGGCAGAUCACCACUCUCGACAGCUGCUGCUUUAGGGAACAUUUAUCUAAUACAAGUUCUACUGAAUGCUGAUAAAUUAAAUGCGGAAUUUGAUGACGAUAAGGAAAAUCGGAACGAUCACCUCCAAUAUUACGACAACAGACUCAGCAACAACCGCAGGAAACAGAAUUUAGGCUAUUAUAUAUUCGUCCAUGACGAGGUGGUGGGAGCGGAGGAUCUGAACAGAAAUGAGAGCCUGGACGCUGAAACACCGGAGGGGAUGGAGGGUCUGGAGUGGGACACUGAGGUGGAGGUGGAGGGUGUGUGCGAGGAGGAGACGGAUGAUGUGUGGUCUUGUCAGUAUCGGUGGUACGCCGACAUCCUGGACAGAACAGGAGGUCUGGUGGUCGAUACUAAACAGGAAUGUGAUAUCAAUCUGCAGGAUUGUACCGGUCGGUGCGCUGUACACUAUGCUGUGGAAAAUUCACAACUUGAAGCCCUACAGUGUCUCAUUGCAGCAGGAUGCAAGGUGAAUGUGGGGGAUGUGGACAACCUGACACCACUCCACUUGGCGGCAAUGAAGGAUCACUACAAUAUUGCAGAGUUGCUGGUCGACAGGGGCGCCAACGUAAACCAGAAGACGACAGACAAGAUGGCGCCCUUACAUUACGCCGCAGUUCGCGGAUUCUCCGAAAUUGUGGAAUUGCUGCUAAGGCAUGGUGCAAUGGUGGACCCCUUAGACGCUAAUGACAGGACACCAUUGAUGUUGGCAGUCAUCAGAGACCACAUAGAUGUUGUUCAACUGCUUGUACGUCAUGGUGCUAAGGUCAACAUUGAGGAGAUACACGGGUACACGCCACUAUGUGAGGCAGUGUGGAACAAGUCUGUAGAGAUGGCCACCUUGCUGCUGCAUGCUGGUGCCAAACAGACACAGUCGCAGAACCUGUUACACUACGCAGUGCUACAUCGUCACAUCGCCAUGGCGGAGUUGCUGCUGCGCCACGGUGCCUAUCCCAAUCUGAGGGAUGACCAGGGUGACACUCCCUUGCUGCGUGCCAUCACCUGCUGCCACCUCGACAUGGUCCGACUUCUCCUGCGUUAUGAGGCUAACCCAAACUUCGCCAACAGCGUGUCUGGCAUUACUCCGCUCCAUCAGGCUCUGAAGGUCGACAAUCGAGAAACGAUUUUUGAAGAUCUGUUAGAGCUGCUGUGUCGGUACAACGUAGACCUUAACAUGCGCUCAGGAUGCAAGAUGGUGACACCUCUGAGUGAGGCACUGUGUAAUGGUGACUUGAUCUGUGCCGCGGCCUUAGUACGGGCCGGAGCGGAUGUCAACAUAAACUGCGAGCCUCCCAGUCUCUGGCCGGAUCCAUGCCCUGACAAUCUAAUGAUGGCCAAGAACGUGAGCAACAGACUGGUGUAUCUCAUUGUGGCUGCUGGGUUUGACUUGACACACCACCCAUUGCCGUCUCAGGUUGGUUCCAAUGAACUGAAAGUGGAUACUGAAAUAGAUGAGUGGUUGAAGUACAUGAAAUUUAAUCCUCGACGACUGACAGACCUGUGUCGACUAAAGAUUCGCUCGCAAAUGGGCAACAGAGCGCUCCAAGUCAUUCCUUCAUUGCAAAUUCCUCAAAGUCUCAAACAGUUCCUUCUAUACCGAGACAUUGUUAUGGAAAAAUACACUAAACCCAGAACCUAAGGUAAUGCAAGGAAAUUGAUCUGUACAUAUCCAAAAUAGGCCUACAGACUUGGAUGUAAAACAUAAUUUGUAGAUAUGUAUUGUUUUUUUUUUUAAUUACAUGCAAGUUAUUACACAUCAAAUGCGGUAUUCAAUUGUUGCGUAAGUUCAUGAUCUAGAUUUUAGUAGUUUUGAUGAUCUCUUUAACAUGUAUUUUGUUAUGUUCAGUAUUAAAAACUAAUUUUUUACUUUCUCCUCCACAGUUAAGGAGAAAAUUUGGUAUCUUUCCAAAAAAUCAGUGUGUUGGUAGUUUUUCUUCUUUUCUUAUGUUUUCUAUUUAAAUUGUUAUAUACCACAUCCACAUAAAAUUGUAUCUUAAAAGAGACUGAUUAGGGUUUAAUGUAAAAUGGAAUUGAAAAUCUUGAAUUUUCGGAACUUUUUGGUCCAGUGUAAACAGCAAAAUUAAAUUUAUAAAGGGAAAUUGUAAUAAGAAGUGAUAUAAAGUCUGUUUUAAGUUAAAAAAAAUUUUAUUACCAGCUGAUGAAUAUGCGAGAAUUACAUGGUGCCGGUUCAUCUCCACUGUAUAUUUAGGCUCCUUUGGUUAUCUGUAUGUCUUCCGAUGUUUCUUUGAUGUAAUGACUGUGUCUGAUAUGCUUCCCAACAUUCUUUACGUAUUGAACAAUCUAAUGCAGAAAAAAUAAGGAAAGAACAAACUACCUACUACUAGUGAAUAGUAGUUAUUACUUGUACUUACGUAGUUCAAAUUGUUGAUUAUAAAAUGCUUACUGAGGGGUAUGUGCUGUCCACCAUUGAGGAAGAUUUCCCAACGUACUACUUGCAACUGUAAAGGCAUAAUAUGGAUCCUUGUCAACUGUAGCACUUGUCUGUGCACCAUUUUAUGCAAACAUUAUACUGCCAAUCCGAACAGUAGACCUCUAAUAGAUGUUACCUAAUUGAUUAUCUGUAGAUGGAGUAAGGUUUUAAUUCCCCAAUCAUAGCUUGCUCUACCAAAAGCUUUAUAACCCUGUAAAAGAAACUAUCAUAGAGUAAGUAGUUAAACUAAAAUCAAUUUGCAGAAUUGGAUAUUAGAAUCCAGGACUGUGUGUGCAAUUUUUGUAUAAUUAAAACGUUCGCUGCAGACUCCUUUUAUGUACGAUUUUCAUUCAGUUGGUACCGUUAUGGUUCAUUAUGCUAUAAAAUCAUAUUAAAUUCUUACAUUCAAAAUCUGUAAAAAGGAAAGAAGUGCUUGGGGCUGGGAUAUCUCAGCACGUAGCUCGCACCUGGCAACAGAUGAUGUGCUCCUGAUUUUGCAGUGGUUAAAGAGUUAAUAUAUAAACUCAGUUCUGUGUAUUUGAUACAGGUGAGUAGACAUAAUAUUUUUGUGCAUGUUAGUCUUAUAUUUUAAAUCAAGAGAAUCAUAAGUUGAGAUUAUUUUCACUCGAAUAGUGUAAUUAAUGUAAAUAUUUAUAAUUGUAUAUUUAUGUAAAUUUACACUCACCGGGUUGUAGUCAUUAAAAAAACCUCUCUAUUAAGUAGUUUAUUGGUAGAGCAAGUUGUUUAAAAAUGUACUUUAACGAUCAAGUUUCAUAUCAUAUUCAGACUUCUUAAGAAGUUUUAAUAUGUGCAAAUAAUUUGAUACUCUACUUGAUUUUUUUAUCCAUUCAACGGGCCUAAGAGGUAGAAUUAUACAUUCAUAUUGCUUAGUCAAACUAGAAAAAAUGCAAUGUAAUUGAAAAUUUUGUAUAGUUACUAUCUUAAUCACUGUUUUCUUGCACAACACAUUGUUGAGUGUAUUUUAUUUUAUAAAGAGAUAUGUAAAUAUUAUAUCUUUAUUUGUUAACUCCUGUAAAUCAUUUAUGUUGUGUUUUCAUAAAAAAAAAAAAAAAAAAAAAACAAAACAGACUGAUCAUAAAUUAAAUCCAGCUUUGACUUUACAAUGAAGAUUGUAGUGCUGUCAUAAGGAACUAAAUUAGUUAACCAAGUAAUAUGUUACAAAACUUAAGUACAAAGUACAAGACAGACAGUUGAAUGAAAUGGUUUUGUCAUUUUCUGUCUUUCUAUAGUUAGUUGUAACAUAUUUCUGCAAUCAUUACAGUGUAAAAAUGUUUGUGUACAUAUUUAAAUGUGUCAUAUGUACAAAUUAAUUGUAUAUUUGGUUAAAUAUGUUAUUCUGUUAGAUAAAGAAUGACUUCAGUAUC